AUGGGAUUUGGAUUCACCAUUAUUGGAGGAGACAGACCAGAUGAGUUUUUGCAGGUGAAAAAUGUUCUCAAAGACGGCCCAGCUGCACAAGAUGGGAAGAUAGCUCCAGGUGAUGUGAUUGUAGACAUAAAUGGAACCUGUGUUCUUGGCCAUACACAUGCAGAGGUUGUUCAGAUGUUCCAGCUUAUUCCCAUUAACCAGUAUGUGAAUAUGACCUUAUGUCGGGGCUAUCCUCUGCCUGAAGAUAGCGAUGACCCUGUGGCUGAUAUUGUUAAUAAUGCUGCGCCCUUAAUAAAUGGGCAAUUGACUACACAAGGAGAAAAUAUGGGCAGCCAGGACUUAAAGUCUGGAAUAGUUGUUUUGGACUACAAUGGGAAACCAGGCCAUGUGUUGGUCAAUGGUCGACUGAAUGGACCUUCACAGGAUUUACAAGAUCAAAGGACAUCUAUGGCAUCAUCUGGGACAUCACAGCCUGAGCUAGUUACCAUUCCCUUAUUAAAAGGCCCCAAAGGUUUUGGGUUUGCCAUCGCUGAUAGCGCAAUGGGGCAAAAAGUCAAAAUGAUUUUAGAUAGCCAAUGGUGUCCAGAACUCCAGAAGGGGGACGUAAUAAAAGAAAUCUGUCAUCAGAAUGUGCAGAGCCUGACACACAUACAAGUUGUUGAAGUCUUAAAGCAGUUUCCAGUCGGAGCUGAAGUGCCAUUACUUGUCUUAAGAGGAGGUCCUCCGUCACCAACCAAAGUAACAAAAGUGACUGACAAACCAGAGCUGACUGGUAGUGUUGAAGCAAUUGGCACAACUGAACCUUUACCACAGCCUUUACCCUUCCCACCAAACCUUGCACGAUCUAAUUCUCCAAAGCUUGACCCUUCAGAGGUGUACAAGAAAUCAAAGAACAUCUUUGAAGAUAAGCCUCCCAAUACAAAGGACUUGGAUGUUUUCUUACGAAAACAAGAAUCUGGCUUUGGAUUUCGGGUUCUCGGGGGAGAUGGACCAGACCAGGCAAUUUAUAUUGGAGCCAUUAUUCCUUUAGGAGCGGCAGAAAAAGAUGGGCGACUUCGUGCUGCAGAUGAGCUAAUCUGUAUUGAUGGUGUACCCGUGAAGGGAAAGUCUCACAAGCAGGUCCUCGAUUUAAUGACAAAUGCAGCUCGUAAUGGUCACGUGUUGCUUACUGUGAGAAGACAGAUCUUCUACUCAGACAAAGCGCAAGAGGAGGAGGAGCCACAGCAUACAGCUCCUGCACUGAAUGGUUCUCCCAGGCUCAAUCGCAUUGAGGUAUCUGCAGCUCCAAAGACACCAGCAGAGGCUUAUGACAUUGUCUUACAGCGCAAAGAAAAUGAAGGCUUUGGGUUUGUCAUCCUGACUUCCAAAAACAAGCCCCCUCCUGGAGUUAUUCCUCACAAGAUUGGACGUGUAAUAGAAGGUAGUCCUGCUGACCGAUGCAGAAAGCUGAAAGUUGGAGACAGGAUCUCAGCUGUUAACGGCCAGUCAAUUGUGGAGCUGUCACAUGAUAGCAUUGUUCAGCUCAUAAAGGAUGCUGGAAACGCUGUCACCCUGACAGUGAUUGCAGAAGAAGAACACAGAGGUCCUCCAUCUGGUUCAAAUUCUGCAAGACAGAGCCCUGCUCCUCAGCAUCGUGCCAUGGGACAAGCGCAGCCGAAUUAUGGCACGUUAGACAGGUAA